AUGAGAGCUGAUCAGGCAGACUCCUGCAGUACUCGGGCGGCGGGAGCCGCCCAACCCCGGGUUACGGGAGGGGUCCGUGCGCUCGGGCGUCCUCCUCGACCCGCCAACGCCCUUUCCGAUUCCGUGGUCCCCGCCGCCCCUCACACCCAGCACACCACACCCGGCCCCCCUCCGGGGGCCGCCAGCCACCACAAAUCUCCCCGGACGCAGCCUUGGCCGGGGACGGGGAUGGAGCCGGCACCAGCGGCAGCGGGGCCGCCCGACAGACCCGGGGCUCCGGGGACGCCCGUGCGACAUCGCCGCUCCUUCAGUCUCCCGCCACCGGCCACGAGCCACUUGCCACGGCCCAAGGACCCAGGCCUUGCCCGCGCUCCGCGUCGCCCGGGAGGGCCCGUGAGCGCGCAGACCCGUCUGCGGCCCCGCACCACAGCAGGAGCGAAGCUGCUGCGGAAAGGCAGGGAACGGUUGCUGACACGGCCGGGAAAAGGCCAAGAGGCGGGGCGCGUGGCCGGGGGUGGUCGAAAAAAGGGUGCCUUGCCCUCUCGCAAGGCCAACGGCAAGGCGGCCAAGCCGCCCGUCCGCACACGGCGCGCCGCCGGUGCCGUCCGGGGGUCGUCUCCGUACAGUCCCUCUCUGCCGCCGAUGGGACGCAUCAUCGGCAAACCACGGACGGCCUGUCCUGCCGGCCUGUUUGCCUGCCUCCUCACACAAAAGCUGCGCACAGCCAGCUCGCCGCCCAUUACCGCUAACGGCCACCAGCCACGGGAGCCCCGGGGAAGGCGGCGGCGGCGACAAAACUGCGGCCACAGCCAGCUUGACGCCCCUGCACGCCAACCGACCGACACGGCCGGUGGGAAAGGCGGCUGCGACGCCCUGCCUGCUUCCGCAGACAAACUGCGGCCACAGCCAGCUCGCCCCCUUCCGCCAACCCACCGCUACGCCCGGGGAAGGCGGCUUCGGCGCUCUGCCUGCUUCCGCAGACAAAUUGCGGCCAUAGCCAGCUCGCCCCCUAUCGCCAACCCACCGCCACGCCUGGGGAAGGCGGCUGCGACGCCCUGCCUGCUUCCGCAGACAAAUUGCGGCCACAGCCAGCUCGCCCCCUGCCGCCAACCCCCCGCCAAGCCCGGGGAAGGCGGCUGCGGCGUCCUGCCUGCUUCGCAGACCAACUGCGGCCACAGCCACCAGCUCGCCCCCUUGCCGCCAACCUACCGCAACGGCCGGGGAAGGAGGCGGAGCCUGGGGGCGCCCAGGCCGCCCGACCGUGACCGCCAUGGGGCCGCCGCCUCGCCCCGCGCGUCUCGCUCUCAGCCGCUGGCCCGGACCAGCCUUGCCCCCGCAGGGUUAGCGGCUCGGCCUUUCACACACCACCACCGGAAACAGGUCCUCCUGCUGCUCAUGUCCCACCGAGCGGAGGGCUCUGAGGAACAGGCAGAGGAAGAAUGGGGGGGACCCCACACCCCCUAA